UGGGGGGAAACCAAAAGAAAAGCUAACGAAACUCAUUUUUUUAUUUUUUUAAAUUUUAAGUAAGUUUUUUAUUUAAAAUUGAAAUGAAAGCAGGCUCAGGUUUUAAAGACAAAUUCUCUGGCCGGGGGAAAGGUGUACUAUCCCCAGGCUGCCAAAAAUUAACAGUCUCUUCACAAGAUGGUCAGUCCUCGGCCGAGGACUAUCAAAGCCAUUCCUUCAUGUAUCGUUCCAAGUCAGUGCAGUUGUCGCCGGACAUGUGGCGCAAGCAAUUCAACAACUUUGUGUGCGACGUAGUGGUUCCGGAGGAGCAACCAAUACACACCAGUAAUUUCGAUUUGCUUUCCGGAACCGUGGCACCGCCCAAAUUCUACCUCCUCCCGGUUAAGGAGCAUGUCCAGCCAGCUCCCCGAGAAACCAAACAGUACCGGCGGUAUCUUAAAGCACCUCAGGCAGACAGCUCCCCUGCCGGCGCGAAGCGAGUCGUUGACAUGGCUGGUGCCGCGCAACAGCCUGCCGAUCUGGAGCCGGAGGCUGAGCUGCAACAUGGAGGGAUGCCAGCGGCACAGCGAAGCCGCUCGAUGGAGGAACUACGAUGUGGAGGUGGCGGGGCGGCUGUGGUCGCUUUGGGGCGGGCUGCAUCCAUGUGCACCCUGGUUCGACAGCACGGUGCGUGGCCGUCAGACCCUAGCAGUCUGUGUGGUCGCCUGCUGUGCGGCUAGCACCUUCCGCAGCCUGAGGAUGUGGAGCCCAAAGCUGCUCGACGGGAUCGUGCUCAACGGGGACCGCUACUACCGCACCAGCGUACCGUACCACCUCGGCGUGGGUGACAUGUGUGUUCAAUGGAGCUGGUGGCCUUCGGGCGUGUACAGUGACCCGGCCAGCACAGUUAUGGGACUGCUCGAGGGCCUCAACUAUUUCUUUACCAGAUACCAGUGGGGCGUCCUGGAGUGCCAGGAGCAGCACCUUGCCUUCGGUCACAGCUCGAGCCGCGAUGGAGGUUACUUCCUGUACGAUUGCUCCGCGUGGGACUCUUCCCUUUUCCCCGUUAAUAUGGGUGCCUCCUACGCCCUGAGAGCCACCGAGCUCCAGGUGCUUCUCUACUGCAUCGUGGUCACUUUGAACGUCCGACGACGGAAUGUCGAGUUCCGGCUGUACAAUGUGGACUUGACCCGAGUUUCCGACAGCCCAAGUCCAGAUCCAAAUUCCAAAGAUGAAUCUAAAUAGAGGGAACUUCAUCAUCAAGUACUUAUUCAAGUUUGGUAUUUUAAAUAAAAAGACUCAGUUGGUACAUGA